UUAAAAAAAAAAAUUCAGAUUAAAAAAAGUAAAAAAAAAAACGGGGUGGAAUUUCGAGCAGGGCAAGGCACGCGAAUACACGAUUCAUCUUUCUCUCUCUGACUCCUCUCUCUCUCUCUUCUUUCUCUCCUCUCUCUCUUACAACUGAACGGCCGAACCACCGAGUAUCGACUACCGAGUACCGACUACCGAGCAGCAGUGAAGACUUCCGACGGAACCAGCGAACCAGUGACGGGCGCCGACCGCCGACCGCUGCCUCUAAUUCGAAGUUCGACUUUGCGUCUUCGCGACCCAGACACCAAGUAGGCAGCCUCAUUCCUCCAUUAAUUCAUUCGAACAUUGCGCAUUUGUUGAAAUGGAUUUGGAGACUGAGAAUAGAAUAGCGGCAGUUCUAUUGAGAGAAGCUGCGGAAUUACGGCGACAAGCUCAACAAGAGGGAGUGCUUGCUUAUCUUCGCAAGCCUACCGUCAGGGGUCGCCCUAAUUCUCGGUUUAUUUCCGCCACCAUUCGCGGGAUACAGCAAGUAAAUCGAGCUGUGGAGGUGGAUGAAAUGUGGCGGGUUCGGCAGAAAGAGCUGGAGCUGGAUGAUAGGAUUAAGGGCAGGUCGAGGGACUAUUGUAGUCACAGUAGCAGAGAUGGGCAUCGAGAGUUGUCUGGAAGCCAAAGCAAGAGGCAUGAUUCAAAUACCACUUGCUCAUCAAGCAGAAGCCAAAGCAAGAAGCAUGAUUCAAAUGCCUCUUGCGCAUCAAGCAAAAGGUCAUAUGAAAAUCAUGCCAAAGAAGAUGAAGGCUUGAGGGAUGAAGAGAUCGAGGAGUUUCUGCACUCAAGGGUUAAACGCGGAAGGGGUUCUAUAGGGUCAAGGAUGGAUGAAACUGGUCCUUAUCUUCCCCGUUCUUCAGAAUCUCCGGAUAGGGUGGCUACCGACUACAUGAAAGAUGAGAGGCAUCUUCAGGCUAUUCUUGGUCCAAAGAAGCCAUCUUCUUGGAAACAUUGUGAAUCUUCUGAAGAGUUGUCUGACGAUGAAGAGCGAAAGAGAACUAAGAAGACUAGCUCAGAAGGAUCAAAAAAGAAACACUCCAGCAAACAUAAAUCAAAAGAGAGGUCAAAGGAUAAGAAAAAGAAGAAAAAGGAUAAGCGAUCUAAACAUUAAGUAUGCUAAACUGCAACUCAAAUGUUCAGAUAUGUUCAAUUGUUUGCAUAUUUCUCUAACAAUUGAAUGGUAAUGGCUUGAUUCGUGAUAUCCUGGCAAGCAAGGUAUUAAGCUAAUGUUUUUCUAGUAUUGGUUCUCCAGUGGAUUGUAAUUAUGUAGAUGCCGCCGUACGGAAAAUAAUUUGUGUGAUAGGAAGCGCCUGGUAGAUUUUGAUGUACAUUGGCACGGUGUUUUCGGUCGUCGUGUGCUAGUGCCUGCUUAUGUAUUAGUUUGUCUUAAAUGAUAUUCUUCGCUUGAUUGAUGAAAAAUGAGGCUCUGAAGAGAGCAACAGCUCACAUUUAAGCAUAAACGUGGAUUAUGCUCAUACAGAGCAGGUUUUUGUUGCCCAGGUGGUUAGUUCUCAAUUUUGUCUAGUGAGAAAAAGUUAAUGUCAUGAUGUGGUAAGUAAUUGCAUGAUAUUUGAAAAUUUUGGUAUGAAAGCAAUAGUUUAAUUUUCUACCAUAAUUUUUUGUUAUUAC